ACCGCAACAAGAAAGAUACAUCAGUAAGCGUACACACACGACACCAAUCGGACUCCGAACCAACCAAACGUACCGUAAGCCACCCAAAUGGUUAUGUCGCCCAGCAGACGACUGUCGACGCCAGGUAUUGCUGCACAUCCGAUGAAUAUGCAUUUGAGCUCCCUGCAACUGAACUCCCAGCUGCAACUGAAUGCUCAAAUGCACCAGAAGCUUACGGCCGGACUGACACCAAACCACAUGAGCGGAUUUUUCAAGAGCCCAUCCACUUCGCCCAGCAGUAUUAAUGCGAAUAUGAGCAACAGUGGCGCCGGCGCCUUGACCAACUCCAGUCACUCGUCAUCAAACUCCACAUCCAACGGUAACGUCGAUCGUAGCACACGUGACAACACCACUCCCACUGGUAGCAGUAGCAGCAGCAACAACAACAGUAGCAGCAUGCCUUCCAUUACGGAAAUGUCCACACAUCCGCUGAAUAGGCUGCAAUCGAUGCAACCGUUCGAUUUCCGCAAACUGUCUGCCGCCGCUGCCAGCCUCAGUGGAUUUGCUUCGGCCGGUUUACCGCCACCGAGACUCAGUCCUGAAGCUGCCGUUGCUCAGCAUCACUUCAACCAGCAGCAAGCAGCCGCCGCAGCUGCGUACGCUGUCAACACGGCCAAACGACGCAACUCACAGACAUCCCUGGACGCACAAAGCGUAGUGUCUCGUGAACAUGCUGCUGCUGCAGCGAAUUUCAUGAGCUUGUCCAUGAGUGGCCAUGGACUGCCGUUUCCUCUCCCACCACCACCCCCCUCGUCUUCGGUGGCCAUGUCACUGGCUAACUCACUAAACCACUCAGCCGCAGCAAUGGCGGCCGCAGUUUCUGGUAACCCACUGGCGGCCAGUUUUGUCGCUCAAUCAUUUCCGAACCUGUUAGCUGCAUCAGCAGCUCGAGAACCGACGCGAAGCAAGUCACCUCACUCGCAUCACAAACUGUCCCACAAAGGAGUAUCGCAAGAUGGACACAGGAAUUCGAUGGAGAAAGGUUCGCCGAACGACUCAUCCGGCGGACGAGACCAACGAGAUCAGGAUGAGGAGCGCAACUCGUCCGGAGCUCAUCAAGAGCAUCGUGAUCGUGAUCGCGAGAACGUGUUGAACUUGAGCCGUGAUCUAGCCGCUGCCGCCGCAGCUGCCAAUCGCCGACUACAACAGCCAGCGAUGCAGCCAGGUGCAGCUAUGUCCCGCAUGCAGCAUCUUCCACCGUCCUCAGGAGGUCACCUAAAGAAACCACCAUCAUCCCCGAGCAAUAAACGGCAAUGGGGCGCAAUCCCACCCAACCUUGGCACGCAGUACGUGAACCCGGCUACGGGCAAGAAGCGCGUUCAAUGCAACGUGUGUUUCAAGACCUUCUGUGAUAAAGGUGCUCUUAAGAUUCAUUUCUCGGCCGUACAUCUGCGCGAGAUGCACAAAUGUACCGUAGAGGGUUGCAGCAUGAUGUUCAGUUCGCGCCGAUCCCGAAACCGGCAUAGUGCGAAUCCUAACCCGAAGUUACACUCACCGCAUCUACGGCGCAAAAUAUCACCACACGAUGGUCGCAGUGCGCAACCACAUCCAAUUCUCCUGUCUACGGCUGGUAUGCCGCUUCCGAACGGGCUGAGCCCGUUACAUCCGUUUGGACCAGGCUUCCCGCUUAUUCCUCCCGGAGAUCACCUGCGAGGCCAUCCUUCGCUAUCAGCUCUAGAGUUUAAGGCAAAUAUGGAGGCCAACAUGCAUCGACGACUUGCGGCAGAACAUCAUCAUGCACAAGCCGUAGCCGAGAAGCAUCAUCGUGAAAGUGCACGUGUUUCGUUGAGUCCAGAAAACUAUCGUUAUCGUAGCAGCCCACACAGUGACACACCGGAUAGAUAUAUGGGCUCUUCGUCGGGUGCAUCUUCCGGAGUGCCACAUCUGAAUAGCUCGGGCAGUCGUUUAGAUGACGAAGAUGGUGAUGACGACGACGAUGACGAUGACGAUCGUAAUGGAAUCGUGAUCGAUGGUAACGACGUGGAUGAAGAUGUUGAAGGUCAUCAGUUCGACAUGUCGCUCAGCUCGGAAUCGGAAGAUGUGAAGUCGUUCGGUAGACACGAAGACGAUGAAGACGGAUUCUCCGAACGGGGUGAGGAGGAACCGCAAGAUUUUAGCCUGUCAAAGCGCCACAAUCGUCCAUCGACGGAUGGAGAAGAGAUAGCAAGCAAUAACGGCGAUAGUAAUGGAGAAGUUACGCGCGACGAUGUCAAUGCAUUCCUUUCCAACAACAAACGAAAGCGCAAAAGCCUCAAUCCCACCAAAUGUGCUGUGGUCCCAAUAUCUCGGUUGUCCAACAACGAAGAUGCGGAUGAGAAGGAUACGCCACGCGCCGACGAAGAAACCCGUGAAACAUCAAUUCCAUUGAUGAAGAAAAUCAAGAUUGAAUCGGUGGAAGAUUCGCAACCGCACAUUCUGGAUGGGAAAGUAUCAUCACGUUCUGUAUCCCCGUUCAAGGAAGCAGCUCCGGUGGGUUCUCCUUCAACGGAGAACGGAAAUUGCAACAGUGCAAGGGACAACGGUUCGGAGAUGACAAAAACGGAAAAUCGAAAAAUGGUAGAAUCUCAAGAUACGGCUAUUCGUGUUAAAACGGAACCCCCAGAAGAAUCGCUUCACGAUCUAUCAGCACCAGAAGCGACCGAUCUGUCGCUAGAUCUUACCAAAAAACAGUCAGCACGAUCCAGUCCGGAUGUAAACGCGAAUGAAAAAUUCCAGAGCAAGUACUCCAUCGAUGUUCGCCCUUCGUCCGAGCUGCUUGAAAACCCUCUCGCACUCAUACGUCCCAAGCAGGAGACUUCUGAUUCGGACCGGAAUCGCCCAGGUUCGGCGGAUAGUAAAAAAAGCUCGAGUGACAACUUUGAUUCGGCAAACACGCUUCGGCGACUGGAGAAUCUUUCACACGGACCGCUGAAUGACAUGAUGAUGCAGCGUGCAGCAGGAUUUCUUGGUGGUCCUCAAUUCCCGCCACUGAGCUAUCUGAUGAAUGCGGCUCCUCCAAGUCCGGCGAGAUCGGGGUCUCCUUCGCCCACGGUUUGUCAGGAUCAGGACCUGGAAGAGUCGGAUGACAACGUAGACUACUGUGAGGAAGGUAACUGCUUCAGCGAUCCGGACGUUCCACUUGAUAAGGAUAAUCCGAAAAAAUGUUCAGCCUGCGGCAAACUGUUCCAGAACCAUUUCGCCGUCAAGACUCACUACCAAAAUGUGCAUCUGAAGCUGCUGCACAAGUGUAACAUCGACGGAUGUAAUGCGGCGUUUCCCUCGAAGCGUAGCCGCGAUCGUCACGCUUCAAAUUUGAACCUCCACCGAAAGCUUCUUUCAACUACGGCCGACAGCAACGACACCGUACUUCCAAUGGAGAAGCACCAACAGCAUCAACAACAAUUCUCCACCGGUGGAGGUGGUGGUGCUUUUCCAGGGUCUGCCCUUCCCGCCGAAUUCUUGGCCCGUCUGUAUGCCGAUUCGCAAAAGUUUCCGAUGAACUUGGAGGCAGCAUUCAAGAACCAUGCGCUUGCCCCGGGCAGUUCCGCCUACUCGGAUCACUUCAUGAACGGAGCAGCUUCCCAGCGUGGCUUCUCAGCUGCAGCAGGUAAUCCGUUUCUUUUCCCACCACUUGGAGGAUUGGCAGGAUUUCCCAGCCUGUCCCAGUUCUCACAUCUUCUUCCGCAUCCGUUAAAUGGUAUCGCGUCGCAGCUGUCCGGUGGAGGAGCAGCCGUAGCUGGCGGCAAUGUUGGUAGUGGUGGUGGUGGACUCGUGUCAGCUUCCCGAUCCGAUUCACCAAUAUCUGCAUGUUCGCCGCCAGCCUCUACCAACAUUCCGUCACCUCUGUCGCAGCACGAAAGGACGACCCCGACUUCCGGUAAUGGAGGAUCGUUUCACAAUGCUGCUUCCAUGGCGGAGCAACAAUCAUCUAGUGUAACUGCCGAUGGUCGACGUACACCGGACUCGCUAUAGUGAUCGAUGGGCCGAGACAAACACAGUUGCCUUCUUUAAAACCGAACUAUAGGUCUGUUGAUGUCACAUCAUUCACAAUGAUCUCGUUUUUUUUUAUUU